CGUCGUCACGGCGCGCGGCGGCGAUCUCGGCUUCCCGGUGCCACCCUCUCCAGGACCACACACGGCCAAGCCCCGGCUACUCACUCCGGCGGGGGUCCGACGCGGCACCUCCGGAGGCUCACCCACGAACCAUCGCAACUCUAAGCUCCCAGGAACCUCUGCGCCGGGGCGCCAGCCCAAGACCGGAAACAAAAUGCGGGGCUUCCAGCUCUCCACCCGGGGCUCAGUUCAGACCCGGAAGCAAAAUCUUCGCGCUUCCAACCGCUGCGUCGGAAGCUGGAACUGCACACCCGGAAGCAAAUCCGGGUUUUUAACCGUUUCGCAGAGGCUGAUGCAGCGACCAAUCCGCAGAGACCCAACAGGAAGUUGGUGUGACGUCGUCGAGGGGCGGAGCCAAUGCGGCUCAGGGGGCGGGCGUUUGAAAUGAGUGCUUUGGAGUCGACCCUAAAUAUCAUCCUGUGUCUUUGAGAACCAAUUACUUAAUCUCUCUUGCGUCUUUUCCUUCCCCGACCCCCUCCCAGACUCCUUCGCUGCGGCGCUGCGAGGACGGAAGGCGCCGGGGAGUCGGUCCGCGCCUGGCAGGCGUGAGAUCUGAGGAGAGCGUGCCAACUGACCCAACGGCUCCUGCUCCUCAGUACACCCCGCAGCCUAGGGACUAGAAUUGUCACUUAAGUGGAUAUGAAGAAGGCGCAAAUAAGUGCGGGGGCAGCCACGAGCUUUCCAAAGAUGCAGUCUUCAAACCCCUUCUGGAGAUCCUUAACCUCCAACGAGGCUCCAGGGAUGUUCCCAGUGGCUAUUCCCUGCCGAAGCAAAUUUUGUUUUAGUCACUUCCCUGAAGACAAGAUUCUACUACAGCCUCGUCUGUGCAAUCCAACAGACAACAAGAAGAAAGACCCAGGUCCCAACAGAGGAACACGACAGAGCCUGAGGCCCUUCAGUGCCUGGACUGAGCUAAUGCCAGAGUGCUGACUCUUAGUCAGUCAGCAAACCUGGGAAGGUUGUUCCUAUCACAUUCACAGAAACUAACAGGUACAUCCUGCUACAUCACACCAACAGCAAUUCAUUUAUUUAAAAAAAAAACUGCUUCCUCAAUCCUGUGUAGAUAUUGGAGUUUAGUAUUUAAAUUGAAGCUAUGAAGUCUAAGACCAACUGUGCUCAGAAUUCAAACUGCAGCAUAAUGAUAUUUCGUCCAACCAAAGAAGAGUUUAAUGAUUUUGACAAGUACAUCGCCUACAUGGAGUCCCAAGGGGCACACCGAGCUGGACUGGCCAAGGUCAUCCCACCCAAAGAGUGGAGAGCCAGGCAAUCUUACGACAACAUCAGCAACAUCUUAAUAGCCACUCCCCUGCAGCAAGUGGUGUCUGGCCAGGCAGGUGUGUUCACUCAAUUCCAUAAGAAGAAGAAAGCCAUGACGGUGGGACAAUUCCGUCACCUGGCCAACAGUAAAAAAUAUCGGACCCCGCCACACCUGAAUUUUGAAGAUUUGGAGAGAAAAUACUGGAAGAAUCGUCUCUAUGAGUCACCAAUUUAUGGUGCAGAUGUCAGCGGCUCCUUGUUUGAUGGGAAAACUCAACACUGGAACGUGGGACACCUGGGAACAAUUCAGGACCUAUUGGAACAAGAAUGCGGCAUUGUGAUUGAGGGUGUCAACACGCCCUACCUGUACUUUGGCAUGUGGAAGACCACCUUCGCGUGGCACACGGAGGACAUGGACCUGUACAGCAUCAACUACCUGCACUUUGGGCAGCCCAAGACGUGGUAUGCGGUGCCCCCCGAGCAUGGCCGACGCCUGGAGCACCUGGCCAGGCAGCUGUUCCCGGGCAGUUCCCAGGGCUGCCAGGCCUUCCUGAGGCACAAGGUGGCACUCAUCUCACCCACUGUGCUCAAGGAGAAUGGUAUCCCCUUUGGCCGCAUGACGCAGGAGGCUGGGGAGUUCAUGGUCACCUUUCCCUAUGGCUACCACGCUGGCUUCAACCAUGGCUUCAACUGUGCAGAGGCCAUCAAUUUUGCGACCCCGAGGUGGAUCGACUAUGGCAAGGUGGCUUCUCAGUGUAGCUGUGGGGAGGCCAGGGUGAGCUUCUCCAUGGACGCCUUUGUUCGGAUCCUGCAGCCUGAGCGAUAUGAGCUGUGGAAACGUGGCCAAGAUCAGGCAGUUGUGGACCACACAGAGACUAUGGGGUCUACCAGCCAGGAGCUUACCACCUGGCGGGUGAUCCAAUCACCGAGAAAAACUCGAGGACUGAGGCAUUUCCGGUUUCGCCAGGGCUCACACUCUCUUCUGCCUAUAGCGACUGGCAGUAAGAUUCCUUGCAGCUACAGGCAACCAUCAGAUGCCGAAGUUGAUGAGGUCCAGGAGCCUGAUCCGGCCCCAGCCACACCACCUACUCUGGGUCUAUCUUCUGGUCACGACCUGUCAACUGGAAGACGUAGUCUUGGUCGUCGUCCUUGUGAACAGGGAGUUCAGGAGUCCACCAGUGAGGCUCCAGUCAAGAGGCGCCAGCCAGCAGGAGGAGCAGACACAAGCCUGAACCCAGAGCUUCCAUCCCAGUCUGUGAGUGAGGACUUGAUAGUCAACCCUGUGCCUUCGAACCCUGGCCCACAGCAUCCUGUGACAGUUUCUGAAGGUGGAUUGACCUGUGACCCCUAAACGUAUGUCCUGCCUUGCAGCUCAUUGCCUGCACUCAGGAAGCUUGCUAAGGUCAUCGCCUCAGUUUUGACUGAGUUUGCAGGACACUGGCCACGCCUGAGAGAGCUCCUUGUCAGUUCUAAGUGCUAAACUCACAUGCACUUUCCUCUGCAGAACGUGGCAAGCCUCUGGAUACUGGUAACUCCCGGGCUUCCAGCUGAGGUUUGAUUGGCAGGUCAUUUUGGGUUUCAGAGAGCUAGGUGCAGCUGAGGUUGCUUAAAACUGACCUCCCAUCCUCUAGGCCAACUGUAGAGAAAGAUGAAAAUUCAAGUUUCCCCCCUUCCAUUUCUUGCAAAAUGUCAAACUUUUGACCAUUAGAUUAGUAGUCACAAAAAGGUAGUCACACACAUACACACACACACACACAAAACCACACACACACACACACAAAGUCAAAAGUCAUUUGAGAGUCACAGAUGACCUCUCAAACUUGGUAUAUUAAGAAUGUAUCUUACCCAGUGUUUCCAAAUAAAGGCAAAGCAGCCAAACUGUUGAAAUUAGA